CCAUUAUAUUAGUCCUGGUUAUUGGAUAAUUGUCAAGGCCAUAGUCCAAAAAAAUAAUAAGAAGAAAAAAUAAGAUUCAGGUUAUGUUAUUAAAACGUAAACAAUUGUAUGUAGUAAAUAAAAUUAAUUAUUAAAAUGCAGUACUGCAAGCAAAAUACAAUUAAUUAAAUUUACCUUUAUAUAAUAAUUGCAUAUCAUAUCAAUAUUGUGGAGCUACAUAUAAUUUUUCUUCUUUAAUGACAGUAGAUAUGAAAUGUACGUCAAUUUGACAAUUUCAAUUGACAAUAUGAAUUAUUUAAGAAAGUUGCAAUAUUUCUCCGCUAUUCGCGCACGAUCGUUUCUCAAUUCCCUUCCAAGUACUUGCACACCGCCAAUAUAGAGAUGACAUAUAUUACACUAUGAGAGUAGAAAAAUAUAAUUUUACUGCAUUUACAAUACUGUAACUUUUUUGGAGCCUUCUUUCAGGCGUCAUAGUUUGUCGAAUUCGCCCUAACGCAUUAAGCUCGAAGUGACAGAACAUAGAACUUCGAAAAUUAUGUAUUCGGUGACGGGUAUUUUCAUAUUAAAGCAACUUUAACUUAUUAGAUGUAUAAUUGGUUUACAAUUACAAUACUCUAAAUAGAUAACCAAUCCAUGAUGCGAAUAAAUAUAUUUUGACAUAAAAGUAAUCUAUCCUGACAGUACUUUCAGAAAGUUAAGGCGUAAAAUGACAAUUAUUGUAAUUCUAGGUUAGUAUUUUUCAACGACGUAAACAUAAAUAUUUUUAUUUAUUACAUCAAUUGUAAGCUUAAGGUAAUGUAUGAUUCUUUGCUCGAUACAUUUGGAUUUAUUAACAUCAAUAACUUUUUGACAGAUGUGCAUGACAAGGUAGAUGCUUCUAAUUCAAUUAAAUUCAAUAGAGUACACAAUAAACUUAUUAAUCUUAUUAGAGACAAAUCUGUGUAUGACAAAGCCUCUCAGGAUAGAAAUAACAAUAAAACAUUUUCAGAUUUUCAAUUUCACCCCAGAAUAAAAAACCUUACUGAUAUCAGCUUUACUGAAAAUGAGAUUAAAUUACUAAACUAUGGUCUCAAAUACUCCGUUCCUAAAGAUUUAUCUCUACAUGAUCUUGAGAGUCUAUCUAUUCAGACAGAUAUAGUAAUCCAAAAUCUUUCAUUAUCCCUUUCACAGAGAACGUCAACUAGAAAUUCCUGUUACCGUUACAUUAAUAAGUAUAAAAAUAAGAUUUCUUCACCGUCAAAUUCUUCAGCUUCUAACAAUUCUCUCUUUCCCGACAAUCUUUCAUUCAAACAAGCACAAUCGCAUCUUAAAACUCUUAAAUCAAUUAAACUUAAAAUUUCCAGUCAAAAUCUAAUUUUUUCUAAGGCUGAUAAAGGUAACUGUUUGGUCAUUCUGGACCAAGAUUCUUACAACAAUAAAGUCUCAUCUUUUCUAGAGGAAAAUCACUUCACUCUUAUACCAACUGAUCCCUCUAAGAGAUUCAUAGGUAAAUUGAAAGAUAAUAUCAAAAAAUACUCUGAAUUUUUAUCUGAUCAUGAGGCUCCUUACCAUAAACUCCCUGGUAAUCCUCUCAUUCCAAGGCUAUACGGUUUGCCUAAGAUACAUAAAGUUGGAAUUCCUAUACGCCCAGUCGUCAGUUUCAUCAAUACUCCAGUGUCUAUUUUAUCUAAAUUCAUACUUAAUACCUUAAAAAAUCUACUUAACUUCACCCCACAUUUUACUGUAUUAAAUUCAUAUCAAUUAGUUGACAAACUUCAACUCAUCAACCUUACUCCUGACAUAACUAUGCUAUCUUUUGAUGUUAGCAACUUAUUCACUUCAGUACCCAAACUUGAAACUUUAAGUCUGGUAAAAUCACUCUUAGUCAACAAAUCUAUUCAUCCCAAUGUCAUUUCACCGAUACUAAAUAUCCUUGAAUUAUGUCUAUCUCAAGAUUUCUUCCAAUUUAAUAUCAAAUUCUACAAACAACCCGAUGGUUUAGCAAUGGGCAGUUGCUUGUCCCCAUUCCUAGCUGAUGUCUUUAUGGAUCAUUUAGAGUCCAAUCACAUCAUGAAAAAUCCAGAAAUUCUACAUUGGUUUCGCUUUGUAGAUGAUUGUUUGGUCUUCAUUGCUGGUAACCCUGACUCAGCUCAACAACUUCUUCUCAAAAUUAACCAAAUCCACCCUAAUAUCAAAUUUACCAUGGAACUAGAAUCUUCUCAGUCCAUUAACUUUCUCGAUUUAUCUAUUUCCAGACUUAACGACCAAUUCAACUUUGGUAUCUUUCGUAAACCCACCCAAACAGACCACGUUAUUCAUUUCUCUUCUAAUCAUCCUCUAUCACACAAAUUAGCAGCUUUUAGAAGUUUCAUACACAGACUUUUUUCUAUACCUAUGCCAACAGACUCAUUCAAUAAUGAACUCAACAUCAUAAAACAAAUAGCUGUCAACAAUGGUUACGAUCCCUCUAUAAUAGUCAAACUCAUCCGUAAAAGAGAAUCUAGAAUGUUACAAAAUUCGGCUCUCCGUCAGUCCUCUUCCUCUUCACCCAUUUACAGGUCAUUACCAUAUCACAACCCCACUCUAUCUGAAAAGAUUAAACGUUUUGUAUCUAAUUCUUCAGAAAACAUACAUAUUUCUUUCAAAGUUGGUAACACCCUUGGCCACUUUUUGACAAAUACGAAAGAUACAAUACACUAUAUGAACCGUAGUGGAGUCUACAGAUUGACUUGUUCUGAUUGUGAUGCCUCUUACAUCGGCAGGACUUGCAGAUCACUAUCAACCAGAUCUGCUGAACAUUCUAAGAGAGAUACUACUUCAGCUUUUUCUCAUCACCUAAAAGUUAACAAUCACAAUCUCAGCAUCCCUGAUGGUGUUAAAUUAAUCCACAACAUCCAAGACAGGAACACUCUACGGUUGGAUCUGUAUGAGGACCUUGAGAUUUCUAGAGACAUGAGAACUAGCCCUAAUUGUGUUAAUCGUCAAACCACUCUUAAUCGUCCUUUUACUCCUAUCCAUCGACAAUUAUUCCCCUAACCCAACUUUAAUCCUUCUUAUACUCUCCCAUAUUCAUUUUCCGUUAUUUCUAUUCAUUACCUUGUUCCCUCUUUCCCAACGCCCCACUAGUUUCUAACAUUCUUCUAUUUCCUUACUAAUCACCCAUUAACACACAUCUAGACUUGCACCUUCUCUUUACCUUCACUCUUUUCUCCUACUUUAUCCGAUUCCUACCAUAGUUUCGAUUCUUCUUUUCUGUUUUUCUUUUCCUCUUUCUUCUCUUCUUUUCCUUCUUUUCUUUUUUCUUUUCCUCCUUUCCAUUUCUUCUUCUUUACAUUUUCUUACUUUCCUCUUUCUUUUAUUUCCCAUCUUCUUUUACAUUUAUUUUCUAUUCCUAUAGUUGUGUUUUUUCUUGUCUUACCUCAUGUUUCUGUCAUUUCGGGUCCUACAGCUCUUAUAUCACAAAAUUUUUAUCUUAAUUUAUUUAGACUCUCAUUUUCUUACUGAUAAUAGCCCUUAAAUCUUGAUCUGGUUUACUUGUCUCUCUUUGGAAUGUUCUCUCUCUUACCACAUAAUCACUUUGUUUUGUUGCCUAUUAUGUCACCUUCGCUUCAUUCAUCUCAUUCAAUAACUACUACAGUCAACUCCUUUGGUCUGCUACACAUUUUACUAACUUUUUUUUUAUUUUGAUGUUACCUUUUUCUCUUUCAAAAUAAUUUUAUUAGACUAUACUAAACAAUAGGGUACUGCAAACAUAAAUCCAUUAGCUUAAAUUCAGUCUGUUCAUUUUUUCAUUUUUCCAUCUACAUAUCAGGCAACCCACAUUACUCAGCUAUUUUAAUUUAAUUUCAUAUUAGUUCUUUUACAUCAUUCUUAAUUCUGGUUAACAUCUCUGUCAUUUAAGAUUAUAAACUUGCACUAAGAUUACAUCAAACUUGGGUCAGUUUGUUCACUCCCCUACCAUAUACCACAUCAAACUCAUAGUUCGCUAUCUCAGAUACUCAGCAUUCUAGACUCUCCAUUACAUAUUGACACUAACACAUAAUUAUCCUGUAUUAUUAGAUAUCAUUACAUUAUUCACCCACAUUUUAACCACUGCUGCUGGAAGCCUUCAUGGUAUUUCUUCUUGAACGAUUUUAUUCCAUCCUAAACAACAUAAAGUGUAAUUAGAUUUUGCUGUCACAUAUUUUAUUUUCCUUUUCGUUACUAAUCCAUUAUUAUUUUAUUAAUUCCAUUGUUUACAAUUAUUUCUUUAAUAUUGUAAUCUACUCUUGAUCUGUAUUCUUUUAGUUAUUUUAACUUUAAUUUUUUCCAUAAUUUCCUUUACAAUUUUAACAGACAGAAUCAUCAUUACAACAGUAUACAGCCAAAUUUAAACAUUCCUCACCAUGUUAGGCAACCAACAUUACAUAUAUCUAUAAAUAACAUUUUAAUUAAAAUCCGCUUUAUUUACCAUCCAAUCUCUCCACUUCAGGUCAUUUAUUGUUUACAUAUAGUAUAAACCUCAUUCUAUUACACCAAAUUAAACUUUCACCUUUAAAUUUAACAAUCGAUGACGUCAAGCUUCUAACCAUGACUUAUACCAAUCUUAUUUCCAACAAACCUAAAGUUUUUUCUGGAUUAGAGAGUUGCUAUUUAGACUUUACAAUAGAUUCUCAACUUAUUUUUUAAACAUUUUUAAUUAUAUUUUCAAUCAGCUAUUACCUACCUUUACAUUUUAUUAAAAUCCAAAAAAUUAAAACUACACCUUUUGAAGUUCGUAACCAAAAAUUGACUUUACCUUGUCUUGUCAUGUCACUCUUUGUCAUUCCUUUUCAUUUUACAUCAGUUGGUCUGUGCUAAUUCAAAUGGCAAGUACCUAGUUUUUUCGAGCAGGGAAGCAUGUUGCUCUUUAGGCACAUACAUAUUUUAAUCUAGUAACAUCGACUUGUAGUCAUAAUAUUUUAUCAUAAGGUAUAAUGUAAGCCAUAUAUUUUGAAGUUACCACCUUCAUUGGUGUGCUAGUUACAACUACUUUGCGGAAUGUAAGUAUUCUCCACAUAAUUUUCUCAUUAACAGUCACAAUUUUAACCUUUUUGCCUUAAUCUAACGUGGAAAUACUUCAUUCCAGGCACUGAAGAUGUUCUGUUCAGAACGAAAACGUUUUGCAAUCCAUGUGGAUGACUUUUAGAAGUUUUAAAUAAACUAUUUUAUACCAAAAUACAAUUUGAAGUUUUUACUUCUGUAUAGGUUUUUAAACUAUGGUAUACAGCCAACUAUUGGGAUUUUUCCAUUGAUUUUAUAAAUAUUUUGUCAUUGGUAUAUUUGAUCAUUGUAUAUAGUGGAAUUUUAUUUUAUAUUUAUUUAUUUUAUCCUUAAAGGCGGGUUGACAUUACUAGUGAAUAACGAACGUAGCUCACGCUUACGUAUUUUGCCCGUGCUAUUGUUAGAUAUUUUAUUAUCUAUUUUCAAACUCGAGCAGUACAUUUGUAUCUAUGCAUUGCAUAGAUACAAAUGGAUAGAACGUGGCUCACGCUUACGUAUUUUGCCCGUGCUAUUGGUAGAUAUUUCAUUAUCUAUUUUCAAACUCGAGCAGUACAUUUGUAUUUAUGCAAUUCAUAGAUACGAAUGUACUGCUCGAGUUUAAAAAUAGAUAAUAAAAUAUCUAACAAUAGCACGGGCAAAAUACGUAAGCGUGAGCCACGUUCGUUAUUCACUAGUAAUGUCAACCCGCCUUAAAAUAUUUUAAAUAUUAAUAUUCUGGCAAGUAUUAUGUAUAUUAUAAAUAUCGAUAUUUAUAUAAAUAUAAAUAAGUACUGUAACAACCGUCAGUCCGUUUAAUUAAAAUGUCAUGCAGUGAUUCGCGACAUUCUGAAAAUCUCAAUGACAUCAAAAUUAAUGACGCCCCGAAAGAAGGGUUUGGGAUGAACUGUACACUCAUACAGUGUGGUCAAUCUCUGAAAUUUUACCCAUGGUUUAAUUUUAAGCUUAUUGUGAAGGUGAUAUAUUAAAACACAUUAAGAAAUUAAGAAAGAUCGUAUGAAUUUUUAACCAGCAGGCUUUUAUGGGUUAAAGUUAGUGUACUCUAAAUAAUGAGUAUACGAUCUAACAUACGUCCAAUUUUCUAAUAACUUUAACUAUAGUAUUUAAGUUGUAUAACUUGUUUAUUGUUUUAUUCAAAUUAAUACGGCAAUAUAUUUUUUUAUAUUGCUACUAAUAGCCCGAUCAAAGAACACUAUGAUCCAAAAAAAAAAAAUAUCAAGGAUGAUAUAAUAGGUAUUGUACCCUCGGAGAUCGCUGGGAAAAUUUACACUCAAAAUAACAAAAUUCAGUUUGGCAACACUGUGUUAAUGUUGAUAGUAACAUAUCUCGUUUAAGAUAAACAGAACUGUAAUUUAGUCCAGAAAAAUUAAUAUAUUUUUUUGCCAACAAAAAUUAGAUUUUUCAACCAAAUAAUGUUUCAAAUAUGAUGUGCAAAAUAAUUUUUAAUUGGGUUCUGCUAAUGAGCUUACUUUUUUGUCAUUAAAGUAGAAAAAACUUUAAAUUUAACUCAUUAAAUCAUUAUCGUCUUAAUUAUUUUAAAGGUACUAAUAUCCAUCCACUAAUUCGGAAUGAUUAAUGGGUUGUUAAAACAUUUUAUCUGUAGCGGCUUCUGGAAUGUCUUAAAAAUAUCGAAUUUCAUUGAUAAAAUGCGCAUAUCCCACCGAUCUUCGCUUCGAUCAUACCUCCGUUUUUCCAAAAAAUUGCAAAUAUUUUGCAAAAAGGAUUGAGUUUUCAUAUAUUGGUCUGUAUUUCGUAAAAUAAUGGAAUUUUUUUUUAGAAAACUAUGAUUGGCAUGACUUUAUCUUAAAAAAUCGACAAAACAUUUUUUGUAUACCUUUAGUAGUUUCUGAACUGUAGUUCUUUUUGUAACUUCUUAUUUGGGUUACCUAUUGGAUGCUCGCGCAUAGGUAUAACAAAUGACACCUUUUUAGAUUAACUAAUUUUUGAAGUGAAUACUUCUUAUCUCUCGGUAUGGAAUUUUGAAGAGACUAAAAUCGUAUUUGGCAUCAUUCAAAAAUUGUGACGCGAGUGGCAAUCUUGCGGUAUAUCCUACUGUACGCAUCUAUACACUUAUUAUUUAUUUAUUUAUUAUUCAAAAUUGAAUUAUAUUAUUUAAAAAAUGAUGUUAUAUUCCAAUAAUAAUAAAUUAUAAUAUUUGUAUGUAUUAACAAAGCAUACGUUGUUUACGUUCGAGUUUGACAUAUCCGUCAAACUCAAACUAAAUGUUAAAUUACACAUUAAUAAAAUAUAAAUAUUUGAUAUUUAUAUGAAUUUAAUUAAUAUAUAAAAUAAAUAAGAUGUUUAAAAAUACAAUUUGUGUUACAAAGGCAAUGUUAUGUUUACAUUUUUUUAUAACGGACUCUCCCUUUAACGGGAAUAACAUGGGCUCUUCCAUCAUUGUUCGAAUCGAAUCGGAUGUAAUCGAAUAUAAUAAGAACUAUUCACUUUUGUCGGUACUCUGCAAGUGCCACGCUCUAUUUUUUAAUCAAUAAUUUGGGAAAAUUACCAAACAUAAAAAUUUACCAAAGAGACAUAAAAUGUAUAAAAACCUCACUUUUAAAGUGAACGAUUUUGCAUAGUCAUUUAAAAAAUAUUUAAUUUAGAAAAAUAUGUUUAAAGAUAGGCAUAAUAUAUAGUUUUUGAGAGUAACAAAAAAUUUUCGUCGUAAGUUUUAUAACAUUUAUAUAAUCAUUUAGAUAUACUUGUAAGGAUAAAAAUUUGUGUUGUGUUAAAAUAGCAAUUUUUAAAAUUUUAUUUUUAAGUGCACUUUCAAAAUUUAAGCAACAAUAUCUUUGUCGAACAUAAACAAAAACGAUAUGGUAGUAAAAUACACAAAAAAUACACCUCCAAAAAAGUUAAUUUUUGUUCCGCGUUUUUCCAAAAAAUAAAAAUAAAGUCCAUUUUGAGGUUAAGUACACUCAAUCUACGGGCCCAUAAAAAAUAGAUAUGUGUUGUAACCGUCUCAACCAUGUGUGUGAAUUUAUUGACAUUUUUGAAUUGAUUGCAUCCCACCUAAAAAAAAAACAAAAACGAAAAAAUAUCGGUUUGAGGUGGGGGAUGGGAAGGGGGUAGAGGGUUAAAGUUACGCUGAGUCUUAUUUUUAAUUACAUAGAAAGCAAAAAAAAAAUAAAAAAGUUAAUUCUGGGACUGAGGGAAUUUUGAUCUUAACACGGUUUCCCCUUUCAUUCUUAAUUUAUUUUUUUGGGUUUUGACAACAAUUUGUGUUGGUUGAUCGGGCUAUAAUACUAAUUAUUGAAAGUGAUAUUCAGGUACAUUUAAGGUAGCUGGUUACUUUUUUAAAUGGCAGUAGACCCUGUAUAUAUUAUAUAUCUGGUGAUUUUUUAAAACAUUGGUAAAAUGUAUUUGUAUAUAGUAAUUUAAGUGAUUAGAGAAGAAAUUGGGAUACUUUUGUGUCAACUUAUGUAUACCUAGUCAAUAGAGUUUUUAGCCUGAGUAACCCAAAGUGAAUUCACAUAUUUAUUAUAAUAGUUCUUGGGCCCACCAUUAAAAAAAUAUUACCUCGCUCAUGAGACUUUUUUUUUCAGUUAUUGAUGUCGAGUCUGACAACUUUUCAUUUCGAACAAUUUUCGGUAGAGGGGCGUUUCGUAAAUGUAGAGAUUUCUAAACUUUUGUGAGUCCGACAACUGGACUAGGUACUCUUAAAAAUUUGUCGGACAAUAUUACCAGUAAAUUGUGACUAUUUUUAUCAAACAAUCCUACAAAAAAUAAUAAUUUAUGACUCCAUAGUGCGCUCCCCAUAGGAGGGGCGCACGCAUCACAAACAGUCUUAACAUUUAUACCCUCACAGCUGAUUUUUGCAGGAUUGUUUGAUAAAAAUAUUUACAAUUAACUGGUAAUAUUUUUCUGCAAAUUUUUAAGGUUACUCCUGUUGUGCGACGCACCAAGGUUUAGAAACCUCUAUAUUUAAAAAAGACCACUUCCAAAAAUUUUCCCGAAAUAGAAAAGUUGUCCCACUCAACAUAAAUCGAAUGACUGAGUAAUAACUAAAAAAAAAAUGAAUGUGUGUUUACUUUGUACUCACGUAAGAAGUUAUACUUCUAUUAAACGAUUUCAGCGAAAUAAAAUAGUACUUUUAACAGUUUAUUUUUAUUUUAUUAAAUAUUAAACUGAUUUUAAUAGUUACUUACCACUUUCCAAAUAUACAAAAAUAAAAAAAAAGACAGCAAUUGUCCGCAUUUGAACCCGGGACCUCUCGAUCCGUAGUCGAAUGCUGUACCAAUGAGGCUACGAAGGCAUUGUUUUGACGGUUUCUCGUACAUUAUGACAAACCACGGUAACAAAUAGAGACGAAGCGAAUGAAGUAUUAAAUAAAAAUGUUUGAAUAAUACGUAUUACCUUACUCCCGAGGAAGACAACUCCAAAGACACAAAAAUUAUAAUAAAAAUAUUUACUAAAAACACUAAUAUAUUUUUUCCACACCUUUUUUGGACUGAUACACGUAACUUAAAAGAUUUAGCAACGAACAACAUACUGUCUCUGUGCGCAUGCGCGCAGAUUAAUAAAAAUUCACUCCCUAUCGCACCUAAAGAAGUAUAACUUCAAAAAGUGUCAUGAGAGGGGUAAUAAUUUUGUUUUAAAUGGUGGACCCAAGAACCGCAACAUUGGCACACGGUUUGUCAACAAAAUAUUUUGGUUGGAGUUUAUUAGUAAAUUUUUAAAUAUUA